AAAGUAAUAAAAUAUUUAAUUCUGGGGACUCUGAUGAAUCACGUGUUGUAGUUUAGUUCCACAUAAAUUAAUUGCAUUGCGUAGUUCUCACUAGUUCUUAAAGGAAAUGAAGCAGAAAAAAUUGCUGUGCCGCUGAGAUCAUGAAAGAAAGGAUGAAAGACUUUGUGCCAAGGCUAGAUGCUUCUCAAAAUAAUUCAGUGGUGGGAACAAAAUGGAGAUAUCUGAAGAAGAAAACUACUACAACAACAACCUUAUUAACGAUAACGCAAAAUACAGUGGCAAUUUUUCGACGAAGCCCCAAAUUCUUGACUACGCAUUGGAUUGUGCUGCAUGGAAUCAGUCCAAUGCAUGCCCAAGAGAUUAUCCUACAUCAUACAAACCCUUGAACCCUAAUAACUCAACAUGUCCUGAGUAUUUCAGAUGGAUUUAUGAAGAUUUAAAGCCUUGGAAGGAGACAGGAAUCACUAGGAAAAUGUUGGAGAAAGCAAAAUGGAACGCAUAUUUCAGAUUAGUUAUAUUGGAUGGCAGAAUUCAUGUCGAGAAAUACAAUACAAAAUUAAAGAGAUCCUUUCAGACUAGGCAUUUGUUCACUAUGUAUGGUAUAGUACAGCUCCUAAGGUGGUACCCUGGGAAAUUGCCUAAUUUGGAGAUCAUGUUUAAGACCGACGACUUGCCGGCCAUCCGAUCCAAGGACUACCGCGGACCGGACUCCGGCCCUCCGCCGUUGUUUAGCUACUGUUCAGAUUUGCAAAGUUUGGAUAUUGUCUUUCCAGAUUGGUCAUUUUGGGGCUGGGCUGAAAUAAAUAUAAAGCCAUGGAGAAAUGUGAUUAAGGACAUAAAAGAAGGUAACAAACGAACCAAAUGGAAGGAUAGGGUACCCUUUGCUUAUUGGAAGGGAAAUCCCAAUGUUUCUCCCAUCAGAAAAGACCUCUUGAAGUGUAAUGUUACUGACAAACAGAGCUUUUUUUCUUUUUUCUGGACUGACAACAACGACUUUGAUACUCUCUUAUACGUCCAGGACUGGAUUGGACAAUCCAAAAACAGGUAUAAGGAAUCGAAUCUUGAAGGUCAAUGCACCCAUAGAUAUAAAAUAUAUGUGGAAGGAUCGGCAUGGUCAGUGAGUGAAAAAUACAUUUUGGCCUGCGAUUCUCCAACGUUGUACAUACGAACCCGUUACCAUGAUUUCUUCAGUCGCUGGAUGAUUCCCCAGCAGCACUAUUGGCCCAUUAGAGACAAAGAUAAAUGUAGGUCUCUCAAGUUUGCUGUUGAAUGGGGCAACAAUCACACUGACAAGGCACAGGGCAUUGGGAAGGCAGGAAGCCAGUUCAUUCACGAAGAUUUGAAGAUGGAAUAUGUCUAUGAUUAUAUGUUCCAUUUGCUGAAUGAAUAUGCAAAGCUGCUGAAGUUUGAACCAAGAAUUCCUGCAAAUGCAGUUGAAAUAUGUUCGGAAUCGUUGGCAUGCACUUCAGAAGGUAUUUGGAGAAAGUUCAUGGAAGAAGCUUUAGAGAAGUCUCCUAAUAAUACAAAUCCAUGCACCCUUCCUCCACCUUAUGAUCCUCGAGAACUUAAAGCGUUUGAUGAACAAAAAAUCAAGGCAACACAACAAGUAGAGGCAUGGGAGGAUGAAUACUGGAGCAGGCUAAACAACAAGCAUUAGGGCCAUUUCAUGCAAUUUUCUUCCCUUAUCCUAAUGUUUGUUGUACUUUCAAGUAGAAAUACCUUAAUGCAUUUGUUAUGUAGACAAGGAUAACAAAAUUCACAUCAUAUCUAGAAUCACACCGUUGUCCAACAGAGAUUACACCGAGUUUAGUUCGGGAAUAAGAUAAGUAUCAGACAAAGAAA